AUGGCCUACGAUGGGUACCAGUCAAACCCCAACCCGGGCUACCAGGGUAUGGGAAAUAUGAAUGAUCCUAAUGAUACUCAUGGCUAUGCGCCAACCCCUCCUUAUCCCUCUUACUAUGAAUCCGAGCAUAUCAAUAUGCCACAUCCUCAGAUGCCUCCUGCAUCGUCUGCUCCACAAAGCUACGAAUACUCUGAACCACCCCGUCCAGGCAGCACAAAUUCCGGCCAUAUCAACGACGCUGUUAGCUCAGCAGUGUACAACAAUACAAACUCCAAUUCCUAUCUUUCCCCUGAAGUCCUGUCGCAGAUCACUUCCACUGUUAUUCAGCAACUCAAGGCGUCCGGCCUUAACGAUCUCCAGGGCUCUCAAAAUAACCAACCCCAAUACCCACCCCCACCGAGACCCCAGUCGCAUUCGCAGGCGCAGCAGCCCUGGAUGGCUCCGCCAGCUGAUCUCCCACUGCGGCCCCAGACCGAAUCUCCGUCAGCCCCGAAUGCGCAACGAAGCGGAUCUAUCCCACCCCCGACCGCAAUGUCGAAUAACUUCGAGAUCCCGGAGCAGUACUCUGGCUACUCAAGCGAUACACGAUCUAGCUCAAAACCCUCGCCAGAUCCCAAGACGCGCAGAACUGGUUCAAUCUCGAGUCAAGGGAGCGUGAAAACAGAGUCUCGGCCUAAACCACCUGAUCGCGAUGCGACAGUUGUGGAGAUGACGACACUGGAGAAGAUUUGGGGGAAAUUGUUUGAAGAUGACAAGCCGACGAAGAGACUUGGACAGUUUUUGCGCGGGAUCGCUAUGCAUCUGGUAAAUUGCGGUCUCGUUAUUGCGCAAGAGGUCAUCACUGACAGUUUUCAGAUUGAGGACUACCCGCCACGCAACACUAUUGUUAUUGUUCCGGAGAAGCUUCAGAAGUUCUACGCAGACACGAAUGUGUCGUUUGAUGCCUAUCCAUGGCAAGAUAUCUUUGACGACAAAACCUCUUCGAUCUCCAGGCUGUUCCGAGAAGUCAAAGCUGAGCACCAUCUUGUUCAGCUGGAUGAUCUCACAGAGCGACCCGAUAUUCCCGGCCUGACACCAAAGGGAUUCGAGAAAUGGGCGACUUUGAUGAUCCAAGCCCAUCCAGACCGCGAAUAUGAACGUCUACAGAAGGCUGUGCUCAACAUGCCGAUCAAUAACCCGGACGACAAGAAGGAGCGGUUUCCCAAAGAGAUCCCCCGGCGUCUGUUUCCCGAGGUCGCUGAUUUGAAGCUAAGAGAGGCUACUGAGUUGCAUAUCAUGAAACACUGUGGCGUCGAUCUCCCUCGCAUCACCGAUGAAGAGCGAUCUAAAGCCAACCGCCCAAAGGCAUCCCCUCCUCUAGGAAGCGACCAUGGCGGUGGUCCCAGCAGUACGAGAAACAGCUCUACCGAGCGAAGCCGAUCCUACGAGAGAGGGCGACCGCCACCCGCUUCAUCGUCCACCGCCAUCCUUGAUGACGACGAAACUAUCCCUCCAGCCCCAAUCGAGCGCGAGCGAAAGCCUUACUCCGCCAACCCCGGAGGUGGGAAAGUUUACGAUGAACCUGGCCACUCUCGAAGUCACAGGGACUCAUUCAACGCGCGAUCAGCUGAUAUCCCAUCUGCAUCCACUUCCAGCCACCGCAUCCCGAUCUCCACGACAACGCGCUCCCCAACCCGGGAAUCAUCGUAUGCUCAGCGCACUGGCUCCGGCUCAGCUCCCCACCGUCACUCAAAUGGGCGUGUGCGCACAUCUCGCAGCUCGUCACGCAGUAUUGAUGGGUAUAGACGCUCGGAAAAUGACCUGCUAAGAGGCGAGCAUGCCCCACGAUACGGGGGAAUUUCAGCCACCGAUUUGUAUAUGGAAUCACCGACUUCUCUGGCCCCGGAUGCAGAUGAUAGUCCCCGAUAUCAUGGAUCGCACCGUAAUAGUCGCACCGAUGAGGAGUACUACCGGGGCAUGCUUGGUGGACAAGGCGGUGGACCCACAAAGGAAUAUAAGUACUAUUCCUGA